AGAUGUUUGGACUCCAUUCUGGGGUUUCUUCACAUUGUACCACUUGGUCUGCCAAACACUCUCCAGCUUCGCAAGGUCAUUCCAGAAAGAUGAAGAUAUUUAACGUCUUUACAUUCACAGCCUACUGGCAUUUACUGAACGCAUUUACUAUCACAGUUCCUAAGGACCUGUAUGUGGUGGAGUAUGGCAGCAAUGUGACGAUUGAAUGCAGAUUCCCAGUAGAAAAACAAUUAGACCUGAUUUCGUUAGUUGUCUACUGGGAAAUGGACAAUAAGAAUAUUAUUCAAUUUGUCCGUGGCGAGGAAGACCUGAAGGUCCAGGACAGUAGCUACCGUGACAGGGCCCGGCUAUUGAAGGACCAGCUCUUCCUGGGAAGCGCUGCGCUUGAGAUCACAGACGUGAAACUGCGGGAUGCGGGAGUUUACCGCUGCAUGAUCAGCUACGGGGGUGCGGACUACAAGCGGAUUACUUUGAAAGUCAAUGCCCCGUAUCGCAAAAUCAACCAAAGAAUUUCCAUGGACCCAGCCACCUCUGAACACGAACUAACAUGUCAGGCUGAGGGUUACCCCAAGGCUGAAGUCAUCUGGACAAGCAAUGACCAUCAAGUCCUGAGGGGCCAGACCACCAUCACCAGUUCCAACAGGGAGGAGCAGCUUUUCAACGUGACCAGCACAUUGAGAGUCAACACAUCAGCUAACGAGAUUUUCUACUGCACUUUUCGGAGAUUAAAUCUUGAGGAAAACAAUACAGCUGAGCUGAUCAUCCCAGAACCACCUACAGUACUUCCCCAAGAUGAGAGGACUCACUUGGUGAUUCUGGGAGCCGUUCCAUUGUUCCUUGGUGUAGCGCUGACAAUCCUCUUCUGUUUAAGAAAACAAGUGAGAAUAAUGGAUGUGGAAAAAUGUGGCAUCCGAGAUACAAACCCAAAGCAGCAAAAUGAUACACAAUUUGAGGAGACGUAAGCCAGCGUCGAAACUUGCGAUCUUCAAGCAGGGAUUCUCAGCCUGUGGUUUGGGAGUUCCUCGGGGCUGCACACAACCAGAGGAAUGAAUGGGCCGGUGGGAAGUAGACGAUGUAGGACUGAAAAGGCUCAAACACUGAAAAUGGGAACCUGGGGAAAGAAGAGAAGAACAAAGAAAGGUGGAGUGGAAAGGGGAGCCUGGAAAGAGACCUCAGUACUUCAAAAUGACUGAGAGACUCAUCACGCACGUGCAAGGGAGAAAAGGCACUUCUGAAUGAGGAGCCUCCAAGCAAAUCAUCCAUGGCUCACCCUAGGAAAACGAGCUAACAAUCCCUGAUGUGAUGGUCAGUUCCUGCAGACGUGCCCUUUGCUGCACUCAAUUCCUCAACUUGUCUUUCGUAUGACUGAGGGUCCCAGUGUUGCGACAGUAUUUAUUGUUUCUAUUUAUUUUGAGUCUA